GGCCGUCACCCUUGCCCGCCAUUAACUGCCUCUCCUCCCUAGCCCAUCCGCGCGCCGUCGUCUCCUCCCCAGCCGGGCGGCCGCGUGCCGUCCCGUCCCCAGCCCAUCCGCGCGCCGUCGUCUCCUCCCCAGUCGACCGGCCACGCGCCGUCCCGUCCCCAGCCAGCCACGCGCGCAGUCCGUCGUCCCGUCCCCAGCCACACGCGCGCAGUCUCCUCCCCAGCCACACGCGCGCAGUCCGCCGUCCCGUCCCCAGCCACGCACGUCUAAUGGUUCAGCAACAAGUUAGUGCAAGAUUUGGUAAAUGCCUUCUUGAACUUAGCGGAAACAAUGCCACCAUUGUUAUGGAUGAUGCAGAUAUCCAGCUAGAUGUGCGAUCUGUCUUGUUCGCUGCUGUUGGUACAGCAGGACAACGCUGCACUACAUGUCAUAGGCUGAUUCUUCAUGAGAAUAUAUAUCAAACCUUCCUUGAUCAGCUUGUUGAGGUAUACAAACAAGUCCGAAUUGGGGAUCCGUUGGAGAAAGGCACCUUACUGGGACCACUGCACACUCCUGCUUCAAAAGAGAACUUUUUAAAAGGCAUUCAGACUAUCAAAUCUUAGGGAGGGAAAAUCCUUUUUGGAGGAUCUGCCAUUGAAUCAGAAGGAAACUUUGUGCAACCAACAAUUAUGGAAAUUACACGUUCUGCACCAGUUGUGAAAGAAGAACUCUUUGGUCCUGUCCUUUAUGUUAUGAAAUUUCAGACCUUGAAGGAAGCAAUUGAAAUCAAUAACUCUGUUCCUCAAGGAUUGAGCAGUUCUAUAUUUACAAAGAGGCCAAAUAUUAUUUUUAAGUGGCUCGGGCCCCAUGGUAGUGAUUGUGGUAUAGUGAAUGUGAACAUACCUACUAAUGGUGCUGAAAUUGGUGGAGCAUUUGGUGGAGAAAAAGCAGCUGGUGGUGGACGAGAAGCAGGGAGUGAUUCCUGGAAGCAGUACAUGAGGAGGGCGACUUGGAGGGAGGUCCUAGAGGUAGUAAGUCACUUGUUUACUCCAUGAUGACAAUAGCAAGCAGAUCACGGUGGUGCCUAUGGAUGCUACAACAAGAAAGAUCAAAAGUUCUUUUGGAUGGAUGCAGCUAGAUAUUUUGUUUUGUAUUUUCUCCAAAAGAGAAAUUUGCAACGUUGUGAAUGAUAUUAUAAUUGUGAUGCUUUUGUGAAUAUAUAAUUGUGGUGCUUUUGUGUUUA